UGUCCAUACAAGAUGGCUGCGCCCAUGGUCACAUUUUCCCUGAAAAGACUAUACAGAAGUUUCUGUGUACUGCGACCACAUCUGUUCGGAGGUAGUAAGAAACGGACUCUGUGCAGAAACUAUGCAACCAAGGCCAACAUUCUCACCCUACACGAGAGGGGCGUGUUUGUCGACAUAUUUCCAGAGGCCAGUAUUGAGCUUCCCAAGCUGCUGCAGUCUGGUCCCCAGUGUGUGUACUGUGGGUUUGACCCGACAGCGGACAGCCUCCACAUCGGUAAUCUGCUGGCCAUCAUCGGUCUCCUGCACUGUCAGAGGGCUGGACACAAUACCAUAGCACUGAUUGGAGGUGCGACAGCCAGAAUAGGUGAUCCAAGUGGAAGAUCAAAAGAGAGAGAAGCACUAGAUAUAGAUCAGCUGCAGACCAAUAUAAAGGGGAUUGAAACUACUCUACGGCAAGUCUGCAAAAAUCAUGAACAAGACAUAUGGAAAAGCCCCAAGGAGUUACCCCCUCUGAGAAUAGAGAACAACUCCAGCUGGUACAGACAGCAGAACGUGGUGGACUUCAUGUCUACAGUUGGGAGGCAUCUGAGGAUGGGCACCAUGCUGGGGAGAACCAGUGUACAAACUAGACUGAAGUCAGCUGAGGGGAUGAGCCUGAAAGAGUUUACCUACCAGAUGUUCCAGGCGUACGACUUCUUACACCUGCACAGGGAGUACAGCUGUCUCAUACAGCUCGGGGGGAGUGACCAGAUGGGAAACAUGAUGACUGGGCAUGACCUUGUCAGGAAGGUCACAGGCAAGGAGGUGUAUGCCAUCACAGUUCCGUUGGUGACCACAACGUCAGGACAGAAGCUGGGUAAGACAGCUGGGAACGCUGUAUGGCUCAGCAGGGACAAGACAUCACCAUUUGAACUGUAUCAGUUCUUUGUCCGACAGCCAGAUUCCAUCAUGGAGAAUUACCUGAAACUCUUCACCUUCCUGUCCACGGCUGAGAUCGCAGACAUCAUGAGAAAACAUUCCAAUCAUCCAGAGAACAGACUGGCACAGAAAAAGUUAGCAGAGCAGGUCACAAUACUGGUCCAUGGAGUGUCAGGCCUGGAGUCAGCCCUGCGCUGUACCAAGGCCCUGUAUGAAGGUGGGUUAGACGUGCUACAGAGACUGACAGAGGAGGAGAUGAAGCUGCUGUUCAGUGAAGCUCCCACCACAGAGAUGGUGUUAGAACCAGGACUGAGUCUGCUGGAUGUGCUGGUCAAGGCUAAAGCUCUGCAAGGGGAGGUGACGGGUUGGCACAUUAUAACUGACGGGGGGGUGUGGAUCAACAACGUGAGACAGACAGACCCCCGUCACGUGGUAGUGCCCAGUCUGCACAUACUGGACAACAACAUCUCUAUUGUCAGAAUAGGAAAGAAAAGGUAUCAUCUCAUCAAAUGGAUAAGAUGACCAUCAUCUUCAUCAGACCUAGUGGUAUAUUGCAGUUGUAUUUGUACUGAGAAAAAGCUCCCUGGGACAAAGUUAC